UGGCGACAUAUCAGUAGCCUUGGUAACGAAGAAAAUGGCGAAAAGAGGAAGAAAGACAAAACAUGGAAAGAGGACACAAGCCGAGGAGACUGCGGCAGUUGCUGCAGAGGCAACAGAGAACACAAGCAAAACCUCUGUGACUGUCCCCAUGCCUGAGGAAUCUUCUGAGCAAUCAAGCGCUAUUAUACAGUUAUUAGAGGAGGACACAGAUGAAGAGCAUGAAAGCGAACUCAAGAACACUGCAUUGAGGGAGAUGAUUAGAAAAGGGCUGAAGAUAAUGAUGGAACCUACGACAUCAGAAAUUGCACAGCAGCGUCUCCCCACCGCGCCCAAGAUCAUCGAGAAGGUGAAGGCCUUUGACCAGCAGUUGGCAGAGGAGAUGCUGAAAAAAGUGUUCGACAUGGUGGAGGUGAUGUUCGUCGAGCUGAUCACCAAAGGCGAGGUCAGCAAAGACUUCUCCUCCAUUUCCCUAAUGCCCAAAAGCAAAGGGCAGGGAGAACAACAGUGUCCUCCCAAGAGGACGGAGGAGUGGAGCCUGGACCAAUACCAGCUCCUGAUAACACGUCUAACCGGCCACGUCACUAUCAUCAUGCUGGACCACCUGGUGCACACGUGUAAUAAUGACCUGGCCAAUGACGCCAAGCUGUGGAAGGUAGGAUUCACCAAACCAGUCUACUUGCUCACGCACAACUUGGCAAUGCAGGCUGCCAACACAGUUUACCACAACAAGUUUAAAGCAUACUUGAAGCCUGGCGAAAGGAGCAAGCCGUUUUGUUUACCAGGCAACGCCCCACCUGUGUCAGCACCUGCACCGACGUCUCCGUCUGGAGCAGCUUCUCGAGAGGCUACUGGGUCGGCCUCCAGACCUUCAUGUAGCAACCAACAGGCCCCUGCUACUACAUCAGCCUCAAGACCGGCCCAAACAGCAUCCAAGCCUCAGUCUGCUGCUGCAGCACAGCAAUCCGCCGCUGCUGCCCCCAGACCUCCAUCUAACAACCAGCAGGCCUCUGCUGUAUCAAAACCUGCCAAAUCAAACUCCAAGCUGGCAGUAGCACCGAGGUCUGCCUCUGCUCCCUCCAGAUGUCCACGUAGCAACCAGCAGCCCUCUGCUGCUACACCAGCUUCAAGACCUGCGCAAACAGUCCCGAAGCCUCAGUCCGCAGCAGCACAGCAAUCUGCCUCUAUGGCCUCCAUAUCUCCAUGUAGCAACCAACAGGCCUCUGUGGCCACGCCUGCCUCAAAACCUGCCCAGUCAACCACCAAGCCUCAGUCCGCAGCAGCUGCACAGCAAUCUGCCUCUGUGGCCUCCAGAUCUUCAGUUAGCCACCAGCAGGCCCCUGUUGCCGCCACACCUGCCUCAAAACCUGCCCAAUCAGACUCCAAGCCUCAGUCCACUGCAGCAGCAGCAGCAGCACUAGCAGCAGCACAGCAAUCUGCCUUUGCGGCCUCUGGAUCUGUCAAACGCCAAAAGGUUUCUGCUGCCCCAGUGAGCACCACCGCACCCCCGCCAGAGAAACCUGAGCAGAUUACAAUGAUGGUCAUAGAAGUGGUUCUGAGCUCAAUCAGAGACCUGGCCAGGAUGGGGAUGCUGCCUGUGAAGAGCAAUGUGUAA